AUGGUGUCGGUUGUUGCCGCCGGUGGUGUCCAGCUGCUGGUGUGCGGCACGGGCGAGGUGUGCGUGGCGGAUUGGCGCGCGCACGCGCUGGUGGCGGGCAGCGGGCGCGAGUGGGAGCGGCUGCUGGGCUGGUUCUGGGCGGCGGUGGCCAACCUGAGCGGCGAGGAGCGCGCGCGGCUGCUGCAGUUCACCACCGGCUGCUCGCAGCUGCCGCCCGGCGGCUUCCAGGAGCUCAGCCCGCGCUUCCAGAUCACCGCCGCGCCCACCUUCGGCGCGCUGCCCACCGCGCACACCUGCUUCAACCAGCUCUGCCUGCCCGACUACGAGAACUACGAGCAGAUGGUGCGCGCGCUGCUCUGGGCCAUCAACGAGGGCGGCGAGGGCUUCGGCAUGAUC